AUGCCCAUCCAGCUGCUGCCCGCCUCGGCCGCCGCCUUCGCGCCCCGUUCCACCGUCAACAUCGUCCUGAACUCCAAGGUGGAGCCCUGGUUAACGCAGACGCUGAAGCGGAUAAACCGAGUGAAGCGCCCGCUCAACAGCGUCCAGCAGCAUACGCGAUGCCUCACGGAAACGCUGUCCGGCUCGAACGCUAUAUGGUCGCUAUGCUCCAUCAUGGUCCCCAAGGCCCCCGAUUCGGAGCUGCGCAAGGACCCCAACCCGCUGGUCGAGGCCAUCUUCAACUACCAGGUCAUCCACAUUGAGGCAUACGUCGUGCACGUCGACAUGGUUUCACAGCAUGAGGUUGCAUUCAAGCUCACGCCCGAAACCAUCGAGGCGCUUACCGAGUACCACAAGGACAUCUACUCGGUCGACGUGGCCGCCAGCACCUGGAACUGGCCCGAGAAGGAGGCGCAGCUGAAGAAGCUCCAGGACGAAUUUAUACAGGCCGUCAACCGCUACGUCUUCCGGACUGGCGCGCGCGCAUUAGAGGGGAUGGAGGAGGAGGGCGCGGGAGAACUACUUGAAGGACGAGGUGAGGACGUCAAGAGCGCCAUCAUGGGCCUGUUCCUCCCGCUGCUUCCUCCUCCUCCGAGGAUCGUCGACGUUGUCCGACCAGCACCGCUCCUCCCAAGCUCGCCGGGCGCAUCCAACUGGUGGCAGCCAGGACAUCACAUCCUGCAGUCACAGCCAGCGCAUGUUGAAUCUUGGAGGACCGUUCACUCGACACCAAGCCCAACCAUUGCUACCUGCGGUGAAACGCAACCAUCGUUCUGGAGUACAAUGGGCUUGGACGCUGUACAACUACCGUCGCCGACCCCCUCCUUCAGCCAGCCAUUCAACACCACGAGCCAGUACUACAGCCCGCCUCCGGCAACCGCCCCGAUACCUGCGCUUCCCCUGCCUAGCGUGCUGGCCCAGCAAUGCGGGUCAAGCGCCGUGCACGGCGGAUUCAGCAGCGGAUUCGGAUGGGACUCUGGAUUCGCACCACAGUACGCAGCAUUCACGUAA